CAAGCAUAUUUUCCAAAUAUAAUAUAGAUACAUGCAAGGAUAUAAUGUUUUUUUUUAUUCCUGGUGCUACUUAUAAUUACCCAUGUAUCCUUAGUUGUAUAAUCACACUCUGUACUGUCUGGGGGUUGGGACGGCAUGCUCCUCCCUUUCAUGGCAUGGCUCAAACCGUUUCUGAUCUUGUAGCAAGACAAAACACACACACACUCAGGAGGGCAGGACUGUCGGCCUUUCACUGCCGCAGGAUCACAUACACAUAUAGGAGGGCAGGAUUGCUAGCCUUCUGCUCCUGCUGGGAAGAUGAGGUCACAACUUCAUGGCUUACAUCCUGUACCUAUUGUAUACAGGUAAAAUACCAUACUAAAAAAAGGGUGCGGCUGCUGAGGUGAGGCAGGCGAGCUCGGGACUCGAGGGCACCGUUGCCAGAUUAUCGUACUCCAGAGCCGCGUAAUUACCGGUUUCUGGCUAUAACUGUUGCCAACAAGCACCAAUAAUUAACCAUUUAAACGAUAUCCAUAUAUGAAGGCAGUUAUUUGGGUGAUGAAAGCAGUUUAAUUAUUGGGUCGGAAAUCGGCAAACAUAAAAGGCUCAGUACGACAAUCUGGUAAUGUUGCUCGGGGGGACCGAUUUUUCCAGUGUUUUGGAGUGGGCCGAGUAGCGCAUAUAAACACAGGUCGGCGCAUGCGCAGUAGAGGGGGGAACAGGGGGGAACGUUCAGUCUGCCACAACGGCGUCGGCGCGGGAGGGCGCCUCCUGUUAUAAUACCUCCAUGGAGAAACCUUGAGCCUCCUGUGACAUCAAGAUUAAGACCAAGAUCAGGCCCCGAGAUUUGAUUUUCUCUUCUCUGUUCUUUGGAAACGCACGAUAAAUUAAACAAGCCAAGGAGAGGGUGUUCCCCGGCUGCCUGGGACGUGACGGGAGAGCCAAAGAGGUAGAGUUAUUAACACAUGCAGCCGUGAACACUUUUUGAAGAGGCGCUGUGGGAUUACUUGUGUGGGGAGAGGAAGGAAGCGACGAGAAGCACCCAGCGCCACCCCACGCUGAGCCAUCUUUCCCUUCAACGAGACUCAGCCACAACACAGAUCAUCAUGUCCCGCACUUUCUAUUUGCUGCUUUUACUUGCCCCCCACGGAGUCCUCCUCACCAGCCAAACGAGAGAACUACAGGUCAGCUUCAUCCACCCUGAGUUCCCUGUUGUCAAGAUUAAGGCCAACUGCGACCCGUCUUCAGGUCGAAAGAUGAUUUUGGAUGUUUACAAGUGCCCCAUGAAUACAAGUCAACCAUAUUUACCAGUGUCGUUAAAGGGAGUCUGCGAGGAGGAGGGCGGGACACACUGCCUCACCGAAGACCUUCGGGGCGAGGAUUGCUUCGCUAUAUCAGGAUAUUUUUGGAGAGAAAGAAGCUUGAAGUACACGUCUUCCGAGCUCAGCCUGGCCAACGUGACCUUUUUCAGCAGAGAAUUUACGGUUGAAGCCACAUCCUGGAAACAACAAGGCAACACCUCGGUGCUACACCUCAAGCCAGUGGCAGGGAUUCCCAUCUACAUGCUCAAGCUCGAGGAUGCCAGUCAAAACAAGAGCGGGAACUGCAGCUCUCUGGUCCUGACGGGUGGCACGGAGGAGCCAUUUGACACAAUUGUCUUCACGGCGCACUGGCACCAACAAGUCUUCCCGGGCUGCACCUACAGGGUCUGGUUCAGGCCGAGGACCGAAUGUCAAAAAGAUAUGAUCGGCGCCAAGGACAAGGAACUGCCGAGGCUUCAGUACGUACAAGCGAGCAAAGAAGAAAUACUGGUCGAGGAGCCUAGGACCGGAAAACUCUUUGUGGCGUCAGUGGCGACGGCGGGCUUGUUGACCUCAUUGGCUAUGGUGCUGUUGUUUGCCGUCAUUCAUCACGCCUGGAAGUCUCGACGAAUUCAAAGUUCAGUCCCGGACAGAAGUGAAGACACAGAUAGCAUAACACCUCAGUCAACUGGCGAAAACUUGCAACUAAUAUAUAAACCACGAAAGUCGCCGCCAGUGACGGUGCGCAAGGCGGCUCCCAGAACCGUCCUGCUGGUGUACACGCCAAACCUUCACCGUCAGAUGGCUGCCCUCGCCGCCCGCUUGAAAGAGAUGACGGAACUGCAGAUCGAGGACCUUCACGAUAUGAGGACCAGGACAAGCUGAACGACCCGACGGUGUGGGUGACUCGGCGCCUCAUGGACCCCAACACCCGCUUCAU